GAAUCCUCUUCUGGUGGUCUUUCGUGAACUGGAUCCAGUAAGGAUCUUCCAUGGGUAUCGCAGACAAGGUCGAUUUAUUGGUGAGAGCUUGUGCCUGCAUGCCAGGAAUAUCAAGACCCUUGAAUCCAAACCCUGGUGCUUCCAGAAUGGACGUGGAGAUCUCUAGGCAAAUCAAGAAUCAAUAUUGAUAAUUUUGAUUCAUGACGAUUAAAAAAUACAUAAUGGGUUAACAACCGUACCUUACCUCAAUGGAGGAAAAAUGGACAAAGAGAGACAGCGAAAGAGAGGGACCCAAAGUCGGCGGCUACUGUGAUCAGCGAAAGCAACGGGUCUCAAUAUCAUUGAUCAGAAUCAUCAGAUGAACCUCUUAGGUCUCUGCAAUCCUUCUACCCUCUCUCCACAUGUUCUCUGAGCCGCUUCUCCAGUCGUUUGAUUGCCCUGAAUUGUGCAAUAUAAUUUGUCGAAUCGACUAUUCGUCUGCUCGUCAUCUCAUAUGCCAAGUAAGUCAUAACGAAAUCGAGUUACCCUACUUUUCCAUGCCCAUACCGAUCCAUAAGAUCCAUAGAACCAUACCCAUACCGUACCAAAUUUUGAGCUACCUGGUCGAUUCAGGUCCGGGGUUGCACACACCCUACGCGGCAAGAACCCAAUAGCCUUUAUAUCUGAAGUCCCGUCGUAAGGAGAUUCGUUCGGAUCGUGUUGCAUGAUGCAUUAGUUGGAGACAACAAAUCCGAAAGAACCACUCCAGUCUUACCAUCUUCUGAAUCCUUCUGGACUUGAUAUUCAGUCAUGGCGUCCAAUAUGAAGGAACGAAACUUGAAAGUCACACCCAUCUACUCUCUCCCAGCUCCAUCACACAAUUCGACUUCGAAUAUCUUCUCACCGACCGCUCUUUCGAAACCUUCUUUCGAUAUUCGACCUGAAUCUUCACCGGCUCUCCCAUCGUCAAGUUUAUAUCGCAGGAAUCACAAGGAAAUGGCACUGUGCGGGGAGUACUUUACAACAAAUGAAGAGUUUCAAGCUCUUCCUCCCGCUCUAAAACGGAAGGUAUAUAUAUCACUUUCGUUGCUAUACUUUACCACGGUCAUCACAAUUUAAAAAACAAGGUUGGGGGUUUCAUUUCGUAUUUCAGGGUUGAGCUAUUGAAAAAAGUAAAGAGAUGUGGUUUAGCCCGUGCCAACGAGACGCCGUCGAAAGCUAGGUCUUCCAGUAGUACAUUUAGUGGUGUCUUUCCCGCGUGAAUCUACGCUAGAUCUUUCCAAUUCAUACUGGCGGCGGGAUCAGCAAACGCUAUGAACACAUUUAUAUGCAGUAUUUCUCAACUUUGGAGCGUCUUCGAUUCGCACAAAGCUCUAGGUCCAAUGCCCUCGAUGAUCUUCCCAUACAGAAUACCCGUAGAAGUUCUAUUGCCGACCGACGUGGCUUGAAGAUUUCAGAGCUCGAGCCCCGACGCAGACCUUCACGACGAUUAAAAAAGAAGAGGGAACAUUCAAUAUCCAAUAGUAAUGAUAAAUCUUGGUUUUUAAGCAAUUACGAAACAUUCCCGGAGACAAUCAAAAGAAAGCAAUUUUCGAGCGAAGAACAAGCAUUAUUAGCAAGCAGGAUACGUGAAGCAGUUAUAUUGGAUGCGGCGGACGAAAAUCUCAUGAUACGAAGACGAUCUCGUCGCAUGGCUUCAGAUCCACCGAUAUUAUCUCCAAGCGUUAGAGGUUCUGUUUUCGGUGGGAAAACUAGCGGGAUUCGAAGGAGAGCCUCGAUGUCUAGUAUGGCAGAUACGUUUCUUGAAAGUUUCCAAUGGAUCGACGAUGAGGCUAAGUUAGAUCUUCAUUUGGAUGAUUAUCAUGCUUCAAUAUUUCCUUCUCUAAAAAGCGACCGGAAACCAACAUUUCGACGACAAAUGUCGAUUUCAAAGCUUCCUUUCGGGCGAAGCUCGAUAUCUUCCAUCACACCCAGAUCUCCAAAUCCCACAUCACCUACCUUCAGCACACAUUCCCGUUCGGCCACUUCGAUAACAGGGCCAAGGCAUGCCGCAAAACACAAAGUUAAUUCGUCCCUAUCGUCGAUAGACCCCAAUGCGACCCAUUACCAAGACCCGGAAGCAAGACUAAAGCUAAGGGUAUACUUAGCGUCACCGCAAAAAUUCGAUGAGAUAAUCGAGUUUGGAUUUCCAUCUAUGGAUGCAGCAAUGGGUGCAUCAGAAAAGGAAAAGCCAUCAAGGUUGAUAUCGAAACGCUCAUCGAGAGAUAUGUUGAGGAGGAAGGCAUCGAGUCCAGCGUUUGAACAUUCAUUCUUUAAUGACGAUACUGCUUCACUAUUCGAAGACGACAAAUCGAUGGCCGAUUCUGAUGCACCCAUAACACCCCUGGAAUAUGAAAGCGGAUAUCCACUACAACGAUCGCCAUUUUAUUAUACCGGCAAGCCUCUUGCAGACUUUCAAUCUGGGCCCAAUAAACUACCUAGCAAACAACAAGACCCUUAUACACAAGUUAUGGCAGGAAAUCGAGAACCUACGUUAAGAAUGACACUCACACGGCAGGAUCUGAGAGAUGAGAGCGCAAUAUAUGGAUGGCAAUCGAAGGAGCCGCUUGUGAUGGAGGAUCUAGAGAAUCAUAGGUAUCCGCGAGGACCUAUGGGUGGAGCGGAUGGUUGGGGGGCACCGGUCGAGAAGGAAAAUGGGGUGGUAAGAAGGUUUUGGAAGAGAGUGAAGAGUCAGCGAAAGACUUCGUGAUAGGGUAUCUAGAACAGAAGAAAAGGGAAUCUUUGCAGAUGGAGUUAUUUAGCGGGCGAGCUUGUAUCUUUAAGAAGCGUUUGCUUUGUAUUUACCUCUCUUUUGUUGGAGGCUCGCGUGCAUGGCAGGCUGGUUUUGCAUAGCGAUUGAAUGGAUACCAGGGAUUUUAAAUCGAUAAUUUAAAACAAAAGUCCUGAAUUCAAAGAUCGUAUUGUUCGAAAUGAUGUGAAUGUUUUUGUGUGUGUGCCAUGCAAUUCGCCUUCAUUACUUCACCAACCGGUUGAAUCGAAGGCCAAGUUUGACGUCGACAUGAUAGUCGGGAUAAGUACAGCAAGGAUCCAUCCGCCGAUGAAAAUUGAAUUGUGCUUUGACUUAUUCGUAUGGGAGGAAGGAAACAUUUUAUAAUGCUAUCGACCGUCAUAGCGGGAAAGAAGGAAUCAUUCGUAUUAGCCGCUGCUGUGAUGUGAUGCAAACUUGCUUGACAAAGAACAUUCCUUCCUAUUGACGUUCACGGUGACCGGCAUCAUUCCAUUCGUAUUCCGCAGUGGUGGUCGACGCCAGAUCAAUGAAGUGAAUGGGAGGGUUGCAAGAUGCUGAUGCUGUGAAGAAGUGGUGAGAAGAAUUGCCAACAAUGCAUGUAUAAAUCUGAAUUGAAGAACCAACGAAUGUUCUCUGUCCUCUGUCCUCUGUCCUCUGCCCUCUGUUCUCCCUCUCUUCAUCCUUCUCCUUCUCCACCGAAAUAAAUUUCCUGCACCAGAAAUAGAUUCUCACCCCCAACCAAUAACCAAGCCAGCAUUCA